CCAGGGUCAAGGCUGGUCCCUCCACCCUACCCGCGUCUUCCACGUAUUAACAUACUCUUGGAACAAGCCGACAUAAUCGCACAGCCAAUAAGGACCCGAUGAUCUCAAGCACCGUUAUAGCACAAGGACUUAUUCUCUCAGCACAGCCUCCACAUUUUUAGAAGCUCAUCUUUGUGGCUGGAGGUGCUCCUCUUCCUCUCAGAGGUCUCACAUCUGCUGUCGCCAUGUCUGAUACUGAAGAAGUGUAUGAGGAGGAAGAAGCCCAGGAGGAGGUAGUAGAGGUAGAGGUAGCCCCUGAGGCGGAGGCCCAGGUAGAAGCAGAGCCAGAGGUAGAGCCUGAACCAGAACCAGAACCCGAGCCACAGCCACUGGAAGAAGCCUAUGAAGAGGAAGGGGAGGAUGGAGAUCAAGAUGAGGAGAAGCCAAAGUUCAAACCUACUGCUCCCAAGAUCCCAGAUGGAGAGAAGGUGGACUUUGAUGACAUCCAGAAGAAGCGUCAGAACAAGGAUCUGAUGGAGCUCCAGUCGCUGAUCGAUGCUCACUUUGAGUGCAGGAAGAAGGAGGAGGAGGAGCUCAUCGCUCUCAAAGAAAGAAUCGAGAAACGGCGUGCAGAGCGAGCUGAGCAGCAGAGGAUCCGCAAUGAGAGAGACAAGGAGCGGCAAGCCAGGCGAGAGGCUGAGAGAAUUCGGAAGGAGGAAGCUGAUGCUAUGAGGAAGGCUGAAGAUGAGGUGAAGAAGAAGAUUGCGUUGACCAACAUGGGCUCAGGCUUCAGCAGCCAUCUUCAAAGGAUCGAUCAAAAACGCGGCAAAAAGCAGACUGAGAGAGAAAAGAAGAAGAAGAUUCUGGCUGAGCGAUACAAACCUAUGAGCUUUGAUGAUCUCAGUGAUGACAAGUUGAGGGAAAAAGCGAAGGAGCUGUGGGAGUGGCUGCACAACUUGGAAGCCAUGAAAUACGAUUACUGUGAGAAGCUAAAGAGGCAGAGAUAUGAGGUCGUCUCCCUCAGGAACCGCAUUGAUGAGCUGCAGAAACACAGCAAGAAGGGAGCCGCCAGCCGCCGCAGGAAGUGAUGGCGACGCCCUGGCUGAUGACUGCAGCCAGACUGGGCUUCAUCAGACUCCGCUGUGAUGGAAGCAGCUAGAUCUUAUAGUGCCUGUUUCUGCUUAGGUGAAAUGAUUAAACCGACAAAUAAAUAUUAGUUGGCACCAGUG